UUUAAGUAAAUUUGCAUAAAGUAGACACGAUAACGACAACAGAGAGAAUGUAAACCGCUAACCAGAUAAGAGUAGAGAGUUCGCCCUAGUGUUUUCUCUCAGACACGAAUUCCAAGGCGGCUGCCAUCAACACAAAGCUUCAACUCCGAUCUAGCAUGGACGUUUGGUGCCUGACCCUCUCCGCUGUUCUUCUCUCCUGAGAAGCUAUGCUUCUCACUCUCGGGACCCAUGCUGGGUUUACCCGAAGAUCUCCUACAACGUAGAAGACUGCGUUUCUUGUCCGGCUGUGUUCCUGAAAAAUCUAUGUCUCCGGUGAGAAACCUUUCUUCCAAUAUUGCUACCACUGGUUCAAGUCUGAAGGUGAAGGGUUCAACUUUGAAUUCGCUUGUUUCGGAAUCUCCAAAUCUGUUUUCUCUGGAGCUUCCCGACCUUGCUCAACCACCAGAACCUCCUGACCCACCGGACGCUCCAUCGGAGCCACAAGAUGUUCCCUCUUCGACAACUCCGGCACAUGUAUCCCUCAACAUGACAUAUCCCUCCUCGCCGCACAUCUCUACAGAUCUGUGCGGUACCGCGAGAACUUUCCCGAGCAGAUCUCGGAGAUCGUCACCACCCUUUAGCUUUAUCUCUAUUCUCCACCUGCUACCGACCUCUAUCACAGCUAUGUUCCUCCUACUUGAGAGUAAAGGACCAAUCAGUUGCAGGCAAGCCUCCAUCGACGAAGAAUCUUCCGAGCUACAGCAAUUCACUGGCGUUCUACUCUCCAUUCCUCACAGGAGUAAAAAUAUGGGCUGGACCAAAUGGUUUUCUCUAGUGGGCCUUGACACUUUCUCCAGCCCAUCAAAUUCUACAAGCUUUAUCAUUCCCGAUAAUCAUGCCAUUAAGGGAAAAGACUUUUUUCAGCGACUGCCUCCUUUGUGGCAUCGCUUCUUGCUGCGGAAACUUUGGCGUUACGAAACGCCAUGAUCUCUGCUCUUCAAUGUGGGAUUAACGCUCUCUUGAUCUUUUCAGACACUCUGAUUCUCACUAAACUUGUGAAUUCAAGAGGAAGACAUUUAGAGAUUGCUGUUCUUCUCAACCUUCUAUCUGCUCUAUUUACUGCUGUUGAAUUUAAAUUUAUCCCUAGACUAGUUAUUAAUAGAGCUGACCUUGUGGCCAGACAAGCUCUCUGUUUAAUGUACCAAUCUUAAGUUAAGAAAUGAAU